AUGGGAGAUUUGAGGCCUAUCGCUCUUUGUAAUGUUGUCUACAAAGUGAUCUCUAAAGUUCUUGCUAAUCGGAUGAGAGAUAUUAUUGAUCUUAUUAUCUCAGACACUCAAAGUGCGUUCAUCCCUGGACGCCUUAUCUCAGAUAAUAUUAUGGUUGCUUUUGAAGUCAUGCACUAUCUCAAACAAAAAACAAAAGGCAAGAAAGGCUAUGUGGCUCUUAAAUUGGAUAUGAGUAAGGCCUAUGAUCGGGUUGAGUGGAGUUAUCUUCAUGCUGUGAUGCUUCAAAUGGGAUUUGCUGAAAGAUGGGUUAGAUUGAUUAUGUUUUGUGUAUCAUCUGUAAGCUAUUCUAUUAUGCAUGAUGGCCAUCGAAUGCGUCCUAUUCUUCCCUCACGUGGUAUUCGUCAGGGAGACCCAUUAUCUACUUAUCUCUUUAUUAUAUGCGCUGAAGGCUUCUCUGCUCUUAUCAAGAAAUUUGAAUCUCAGCAUCUUCUCCAAGGUUGUCGUGUGGCUCAUGGGGCACCAUCCAUUACACAUAUGCUCUUUGCUGACGACAAUUAUCUGUUUUGUCAAGCAACGCCUGGUGCAGCUGUGGGGAUUUCUAAUCUACUCCAAGUUUUUGAGAAUGCUUCAGGACAGAAAAUUAAUUUCCACAAGUCCACAAUCUUUUUUAGUCCGAAUACCAGUGCUGUAAAUCGGACUCAAAUUUGCAAUAGACUUGUCAUGCCCGAAGCAUCAGAAGGGAGUUUGUAUCUGGGCCUCCCGAAUAUUGUUGGUCGAAACAAAAAUGCAGUACUGGGAUUCUUGAAGAAUAAAGUAAUUGCAAGAGUUAAUAGUUGGGAUGGUAAGGUUCUUUCCCGUGCUGGUAAAGAAAUCCUUCUCAAAACGGUGGUUCAAUCACUUCCAACAUACGCAAUGAGUGUCUUUCUUCUAACAAAAAGUACAUGCCUUGAAAUUGAGAAGGAGAUGGCUCGGUUUUGGUGGAAGACAUCCUCAAGUAAAGGACGAGGCAUAACUUGGAUGUCUUGGGAUCGUAUGUGUGCUACAAAGUCUGAAGGUGGCUUGGGCUUUCGUAGCUUGUACGACUUUAAUCUUGCUAUGCUUGCUAAGCAAGGUUGGCGGCUUUUGUGUAAACCCGAUUUCCUCGCGGGGAAAAUUUACAAAGCUAGAUAUUACCCUCAUUCGGACUUCCUUACUGCCGAGUUGGGUAACAAUCCUAGCUUUGUUUGGCGAAGCAUUUGGAGUUCUCAAGAUCUUUUGCGUUCUGGCAUUCAGAGAACUAUUGGCUCUGGUACAAAUGUUAACAUACUUCAACAUCCGUGGCUCCCUAAUUUGAAGAAUCCGUAUGUAUCUGUGCAUCAUCCUGGGUUAGUGAAUAAAUAUGUUGACUCGCUCUUCAUAACAGAUUCUAGAGUAUGGGAUACUGAUGUUGUUAGGGACAUGUUCUGUGCCUCGGAUGCUGCCGCAAUCCUAGGAAUUCCUCUCAGUCUAAAUGCUACAUGUGACUCCUGGUCUUGGAUGUAUGAGAAUACUGAAGAAUUCUCUGUGAAAAGUGCUUACGGUCUCCUCCAAAGGCAGAAACAAACUCAGCUUACUAAAACCGAACAUAGCUUCUGGGAUAAACUUUGGGGCUUGUGUAUACCCCCCAAAGUCAAAAACUUCUUAUGGCGAGCUGCAACAAACAACCUUCCCACUUGCGUCAAUCUGGUUUUUAGACAUGUGGAAGUGCCUACUGUUUGUCCCGUGUGCAAAGCUCAACCCGAAACCACAUCCCAUGCUUUGAUUUUCUGCAACAUUGCUCUUGCCUGCUGGAGAAAGGUUGGAGUUACCUUUGUUUUUGAUCCUGGAGGCCAAUUCCGCAGCUGGUUAGAGCUGAUAUUUACCUCGGCCACUGCAGAACAAAUAGCAACUGUUGCUAUGAAAGCUCAAGACAAAAACUCUCUAUCAUCGUUAUGCUUAAAUAACAAAGUUGAUGGAGGUGAGCGUUGGAUCAAACCCGAAACUAAUACAAUCAAGUUAAACGUUGAUGCAGCAAUUUUUGAAAAAGAAGAACAAUAUGGCUUUGGCAUUGUGGCUCGUGAUCACUUUGGCAAUUGUUUGGAGGCUCGAGCAGGCUGCUUUGGUGGAGUUUACUCUGCUGCAGUAAUUGAGGCCUUGGGAAUCAAAGAGGCGCUUAGUUGGAUCAAAACCAAAAAUUGGGACCAUGUUGUGGUUGAGACGGAUAGCCUAGUCACUGUACAAGCAAUCCGAAGCUCUCAAAUCAUGGGGUCGACUUUUGGUUUAGUUAUUCAGGACUGUCGUUCUGCUUUACUAUCUUUGCCCAAUGUUAAUUUAUAUUUUGUUAAACGAUCAGCAAAUCGUGCUGCACAUUAUGUUGCUAGGCAGUCUCGAUUUUAUGCUGGUGGUAGCAUUUCUAAUUUUCCUAUUUCCUCUGAACUUCAGAACCUUAUGUAUUCAGAAUGCUAA